UUGAGUCAAAAUUUCGUUUUUGUUGAUCUAAUAAUAUACAAUAACAAUAUUAAAUAGUGUUAUGAAGUGUAUGAGUAAUAGUGUAGUGUGUUAAAUAGUGUUUAAGUGGAAAACCUAGCCUGGAAUUAACAAAUGUUUGUAUUUCAAUGGAUUCUCUGUCGUUGGCGGCAGCGCAAGAGGCGGCGGGCGCGCAGGCCCGCGCGGCGUCAGCUGAUACCAUGGGCGGCGCGCACCAACCCGCUACUCCAGGGCCGAGCUCGCUCUUCAUAUUAUCCGACGAAAAUCCUAUUCGGAAGUAUACAAAAUUCAUCAUCGAGUGGCCGCCCUUCGAGUACGCGGUGCUACUUACCAUCAUCGCCAACUGUGUGGUGCUGGCGCUGGAGGAGCAUCUGCCCAACGGCGAUAAGACCAUCUUAGCACAGAAUCUGGAAGCGACCGAGGCAUACUUUUUAGGAAUAUUUUGUGUAGAAGCCUCGUUGAAAAUAUUAGCCCUAGGUUUUGUUUUACACAGGGGAUCGUAUCUUAGGAACAUUUGGAACAUAAUGGAUUUUUUCGUAGUAGUAACCGGUAUCAUCACGCAGCUGCCAGUGGCGCCAGCCGACGUCGAUUUCAGGACCUUGCGCGCCAUUAGGGUGUUGAGGCCCCUUAAAUUAGUAUCGGGCGUUCCUAGUCUGCAAGUUGUCUUGAAGUCCAUCAUCAAGGCAAUGGCGCCCUUGCUGCAGAUUGGCUUGUUGGUGCUCUUUGCGAUCGUCAUCUUCGCCAUCAUCGGCCUGGAGUUCUAUUCCGGGGCGCUGCAUAAGACUUGUUAUAGUUUAGAAGAUAUUAAUGAAAUAAUGACUGAUGGCGAGUCACCCACCCCGUGCAACGCCGACAACGAGACGCUAGCCCCGUACGGCGCGAACGUUUGCAUGUACGACAAGAGCACGUGUCUAGAAAAAUGGGAAGGGCCGAACCGUGGCAUCACCUCUUUUGAUAACAUCGGCUUCGCUAUGCUUACCGUCUUCCAGUGCAUCACGAUGGAGGGCUGGACUGCCAUCCUCUAUUGGACGAAUGACGCGUUAGGUAGUGCGUUCAACUGGGUUUACUUUGUGCCUCUCAUAGUAUUGGGUUCAUUCUUUAUGCUCAAUUUAGUUCUCGGUGUCCUUAGCGGUGAAUUCGCUAAAGAAAGAGAGAAAGUAGAAAAUAGACAAGAAUUUCUUAAGUUAAGAAGACAACAGCAGCUAGAAAGAGAACUCAACGGUUAUGUUGAGUGGAUAUGUAAAGCAGAGGAAGUUAUAUUAGCAGAAGAAAGAACAACAGAAGAAGAAAAGAUGCACAUAAUGGAAGCUCGGAGAAGAGCAGCAGCCAAGAAGAAAUUAAAAAACCUUGGCAAGAGUAAAAGCACUGAUACCGAGGAAGAAGAGCAGGAUGAAGACUGUGGAGACGACGUUCCAAAGAAAAAGCAAGGUUUUUUGAAGAGUAAAACACGGUCGGCCGGCAAAUGCGCGGAUUUCUGGCGUGCCGAGAAGAGGUUUCGCUUCUGGAUCCGACAUACAGUGAAGACUCAAUGGUUCUAUUGGUUCGUCAUAGUCUUGGUGCUCUUCAAUACAAUAUGCGUCGCUGUCGAGCACUAUAGACAACCUAAGUGGUUAACUUCAUUUUUAUACUAUGCCGAAUUUGUGUUCCUGGGGUUGUUCAUGAUGGAGAUGUGGGUAAAGAUGUACGCGUUGGGACCUCGCAUCUACUUCGAGUCCUCGUUCAACCGGUUCGACUGUGUGGUUAUCUCCGGUUCAAUUUUCGAGGUCGUCUGGUCUGAGGUCAAGGGGGGCUCUUUCGGUCUUUCUGUGCUUAGAGCUUUAAGACUGCUAAGGAUAUUCAAGGUUACAAAAUACUGGUCAUCACUCCGCAACCUGGUGAUAUCCCUCCUCAACUCAAUGAGAUCCAUCAUCUCGCUGCUGUUCCUUCUGUUCUUGUUCAUUCUUAUCUUCGCUCUACUGGGGAUGCAGCUCUUCGGAGGCCAGUUCAACUUUGAGGAAGGCACUCCGCCAACCAACUUCAACACCUUUCCUAUUGCGCUGCUUACUGUCUUCCAGAUUCUAACAGGUGAAGAUUGGAACGAAGUGAUGUACGACGGUAUCCAGUCUCAGGGUGGCAUCCAGCGAGGCAUGAUCUACUCAUUGUACUUCGUGAUCCUCGUUCUGUUCGGGAACUACACCCUGCUAAACGUGUUCCUUGCUAUCGCUGUCGACAAUUUGGCAAAUGCUCAAGAAUUGACAGCGGCUGAAGAGGAACAGGUUGAGGAAGACAAGGAGAAGCAGCUCCAAGAAUUGGAGAAAGAGAUGGGUGCAUUACACGCGGUGGAUGGGACGCCACCUAUAAGUCCUUCAUCACCAACGAGUAGGAAGAACAAGAAGAAAGAAGAGGCCAAAAAAGAUGAUGAGGAGAUACCAGAUGGACCAAAACCAAUGCUGCCAUAUUCGUCCAUGUUUAUUUUGUCACCUACUAAUCCAAUUAGGCGAGGCGCACACUGGGUUGUAAAUUUAAGAUAUUUUGAUUUUUUUAUCAUGAUAGUUAUAUGUAUGAGUUCUGCAGCUUUAGCAGCUGAAGACCCCGUAGUCGAAGAGAGUGAUAGGAACAAGAUCCUAAACUGCUUCGACUACGCAUUCACCGGUGUGUUCACCGUGGAGAUGUUGCUGAAGAUCGUCGAUCUGGGCAUCCUGUUCCACCCCGGCGCGUACCUGCGUGACUUGUGGAACAUCAUGGAUGCCGCGGUCGUCAUCUGUGCCCUAGUUAGCUUCAGUUUUGAAAUCGGAGGCGUAAAAAAGGGGGCGGGACAAAAUUUGUCCACAAUAAAGUCGUUACGAGUGUUAAGAGUGCUCAGACCAUUGAAAACUAUAAAACGUGUUCCAAAGUUAAAAGCAGUGUUUGACUGUGUUGUGAACUCUUUGAAAAAUGUCAUUAACAUUCUCAUUGUGUACAUAUUGUUUCAAUUCAUAUUCGCUGUAAUCGCGGUUCAACUUUUUAAUGGUAAAUUUUUUCACUGCAACGAUAUCAGUAAGAAUACCUUUGAAGACUGCCAAGGGUCGUACUUCGUCUACGAGUCAAACAGUCUGCUGCCGAAGGUGGCGAAACGUCAGUGGACGACGCAGUCCUUCCAUUACGAUAACGUCGCCACUGCCAUGCUAACGCUAUUUGCGGUGCAGACGGGGGAAGGGUGGCCACAAGUAUUACAAAAUUCAAUGGCUGCCACUUACGAAGAUAGGGGACCCAUACAAAAUUUUCGAAUAGAAAUGUCCAUAUUUUAUAUAGUUUACUUUGUAGUGUUUCCGUUCUUCUUUGUUAACAUAUUCGUAGCUCUGAUAAUUAUCACAUUUCAAGAGCAGGGUGAAGCAGAGUUGCAAGACGGUGAAAUUGAUAAAAAUCAGAAAUCAUGUAUAGACUUUACGAUAGAAGCGCGACCUCUCGAGAGGUAUAUGCCAAGCAAAAGGGCGAGUUUUAAGUACAAAGUGUGGAGAAUAGUCGUCUCUACGCCCUUCGAGUACUUCAUCAUGACUCUCAUUGUUCUCAACACACUGCUGCUCAUGAUGAAGUACUAUAAUCAAAAUGACCUCUACGCGGAUGUCCUCAAGUAUUCGAAUAUGGGGUUUACUGGAAUGUUUUCCGUGGAAACGGUGUUGAAAAUCAUCGCUUAUGGUGUCAAAUUUCACGAGGCUCCACCACUACUCAUGGACAUGCUAACAUUCAUGAACCUCGUCUUUACGUUCUUCUUCCUUCUCGAGACCGUUUUGAAGCUGAUUGCCUUCGGAUGUACGAAUUUUUUCAAAGAUCCGUGGAAUACAUUUGAUUUCAUAACGGUCAUUGGAAGUAUUAUUGAUGCCCUCAUUAUGGAGUUUGGCGAGAACACGUUUAAUGUCGGUUUCCUACGCCUGUUCAGAGCCGCGCGACUGAUCAAGCUGCUCAGGCAGGGUUAUACUAUUCGGAUACUACUCUGGACAUUCGUACAGAGUUUCAAAGCCUUACCCUAUGUGUGCCUUCUCAUCGCGAUGCUUUUCUUCAUCUACGCCAUCAUCGGGAUGCAGGUGUUUGGCAAUAUAGAAUUAUCAGCAGACAAUGAUAUAAACAGACACAACAAUUUUCGAAGCUUCAUUCAAGGACUUAUGCUGCUAUUCAGAUGCGCAACGGGCGAGUCGUGGCCGAACAUCAUGCUGGCGUGUCUCAAGCCUGCCAAGUGCGAUAAGGCGGCUGGAAAGUCCUCCAACGAGGUUUGCGGCAGCACCCUUGCCUACGCCUACUUCGUGUCCUUCAUUUUCUUCUGCUCCUUUCUUAUGUUGAAUCUGUUCGUUGCCGUCAUCAUGGACAACUUCGACUACUUAACGAGGGACUCGUCCAUCCUCGGCGCUCAUCAUCUUGAUGAAUUUGUUAGAAUAUGGGCCGAAUACGACCCGAACGCCACGGGGAAGAUCCACUAUACAGAAAUGUACGAUAUGUUGAAGAAUAUGGAUCCUCCACUGGGGUUUGGCAACAAAUGUCCAAACAGACUAGCAUAUAAGAAACUAAUUAGAAUGAAUAUGCCGCUAGACGACGAAGGAAAAGUUAAUUUUACGACAACACUAUUUGCCUUAAUUCGGGAAAACCUCAACAUCAAGAUGAGAUCAGCCGAAGAAAUGGACCAAGCAGACGAGGAGCUAAGAGAAACGAUAACUCACAUAUGGCCGCUUCAAGCAAAGAAGAUGUUAGACUUGUUGGUGCCUCGAAACGACGUACUUAAUGCAGGGAAACUGACGGUGGGGAAGAUCUACGCGGGCCUGCUCAUCUUGGAGAGUUGGAGAUCGACUAGGUUUGGCCAGACUGAACCACAGGGCGUUCCGAAGGCGUCCUUCUUUAACUGCCUGCUGGACGUGGCGGCGGGGAUGAACACGGGCUCGCGGGCGGGCUCGCUCAGUCAUGAGCCGCCGGAGCCGCACCCGGAGCAUCCUCAUGUCGACGACCACACCCUAGCCAACCUCGCCCGGCGAAGCACAAGAAAAUCACUCAAGAACAACAAAAAGGUGUUGGAGUUACAAGAUGUGGGAUCGCAUCACGCCUCUAUGGAGUCGCUAGACGAGGCGAGGCUGCAGGCGCCGCAUGUGUACCAAAACGGUCACCAUGGCAGGUCAUCUAGCUUAAGACGAACGCCGAGCCCGAGGAGACGAGGCCACUACGGAGGCUACCACCACGACAUCGGCUUCUCAGAUACCGUCAGCAACGUCGUCGAGAUAGUCAAGCACGAACACCAAAGACACGGGCGAACGCACAGGGCGCCCCACCACUAUCACCCACAUGCAGGGAAGGAGUGGAGGGCGCCGCACCCCACGACCAGCCUGAGCCAGCCCUCGAGGUCGCCCAGCCCGCCACACCACACCUACGUUUGGGCACCGAUAGGUGGUGAUCGCGAGAGAGAACGAGACCGCGAGUGGCGGGAGUGGCGCGAGCGGUCGUGGGAGCGAGAGGGCGCGCGGCGCGGCCGCGGCCGCCAGCUGCCGCCCACGCCCACCAAGCCGUCCACGCUACAGGUCAAGCAGCAGCCACCGUUCACCAGAAUCAGCCACAGCCCCUCGCACUUAUCGUUAAGGCACACGGUCAGAGAGCCCGUGGAGCCUCUACACGACGAGUACGAGUACGGCCGAGAAGUUGAAAGACUGAUACACCGAGACUAUAGAUCUAGAGAAAGACGCGGCAGAGGCUUCGAGUCCGACCGGGCACGCACGUACGAGGCGCCGCUGUCGUACGAGGCGGCGCUGGCGCUGGGCCGCGGCGGCGGCGCGCGCGCCCUGCCGUCGCCGGCGCCGGCGCCGCGCCUGCCCAACGGGUACAAGCCGCGCGCGCGCCACUCCGACUCGGACGAGGACGACUGGUGCUAG